AUGUUAUGCAUUAAUAGACUGAGUUUAAGGGAAUGCUUAAUUUUCCUGGUUCUACUCAACCUCUGUGGAUCGCAACCUAAGAGCGCACCACCCCUGAAGCCCAAUUUUCCCUUUGCUUUCAUGUGGAACGCUCCAAGUGAGCUCUGUGAGAGCAGAUAUGGAAUCAGUCUGGACCUGAGAUACGCUCAGCUGGUAAGCAGCACCUUGAAGGACGCAACCAACCAAAGCAUCACCAUUUUCUACACAGACAGAUUUGGCAUAUUCCCCUAUCUGGAUGAAGACACUGGAGAAGCACACAGCGAGGGACUCCCUCAGCUCAUAGAUUUUAAAGAACAUGGUGAACUGGCUGAAGAUGACAUAGAAUUCUAUAUCCCGGUUGACCAACCCGGGCUCGCUAUCCUGGACUUUGAAGAAUGGAGACCACAGUGGGCACGAAACUGGGGCAGCAAGGACAUCUACAGGGAGAUCUCAAUCGAUAUGAUCAUGCAGAAGGAUCUCUCUGUGUCCCACGAUGAGGCAGAAGAUAUUGCCGAAAGGGUGUUUGAAGCAGCAGCCAAAAAAUAUUUCGUGAAAUCCAUAAAUCUUGGGAAAAAACUGCGGCCAAAACGGUUGUGGGGUUACUACCUAUAUCCAGACUGCUAUAACUAUGACUACCACCAUGACAUGAUUGGCUAUACAGGUAAAUGCCCUGAGAUUGAAAAGGACAGAAAUGAUGAGUUGCUCUGGCUUUGGAAGGAGUCCACAGCUCUGUACCCAUCCAUAUACCUGGAGCUUAUACUAAAAGGCACACGUCAGGCAGCUCUGUUUGUCCGCCAUCGUAUCCAGGAGUCAAUGAGAGUCUCUAUACUGCCAGAUAAGAACUACGCAAUACCCACCUAUGCCUACAUUCGCAUUGUGUACAAAGAUGGCGAUGAAGACUACUUGACUAAGCCGGACCUGGUCAGUACUAUUGGGGAGGCUGCUGCUUUAGGAGCUGCUGGCGUCGUGUCCUGGGGAGAUAUGAAGGUCACGGAGAGCGAGGACAACUGCUUUGCUGCUCGGCGCUAUUUGGAGAAAACGUUGAACCCUUACAUCUUGAACGUCACGACGGCAGCGAGGCUGUGUAGCAAAGCCCUUUGUAGUAGUACUGGCCGAUGUGCAAGGAAGAACUGGGACAGUGAAGAUUACCUGCACCUCGACCCGUCCAGGUACCGGAUCAAGUGGUCAAGAAAGGGUUAUACUGUGAAGGGCCAUCUGUCUCAGCCAGAUGUCGACUGGUUUGAGAAGAGGUUCAACUGCUUGUGCUACACUGAUGAUCCUUGUUACUCACCUAUCACUUUCAACAAAGUGUCCAACUUUGUCUAA